AUGGUGGAAAAUACCAACUCGCAGAAGACACCAAAUGCGCGUGUCCUAAAUAAGUCGACCUCAAGCACCCAAAAUAUGAAGAGCCAAAGGUCUAUCUUGGGUUUCUUCCAGAAAUCCUCACCGGUAACGGUGGCCGCGUCCCCUGCUCACCGUAAUGAUGCUACCCAGGAUCUUGUGUCUUCCCCUUCCCGGAGAGCAGCUUCAGGGCAAAAAAAUCACAUCAAUUCGAGAUCGAAUUUCGGGACUGCCAUUUCGAAAUCCUUGAAGAUCGGAGAGGAUAAAAAUGUUGCUGGCAGUGGACAGAAUCAUACCCCUGUUCCAAGUAGUGAUGAUGUGGGGUAUGAUGAGGAUGAUUUCAAGAUGGAUGAUUCUGCAGUGGUGGAGGGGAGUGGGGAGGUGAAGGAAAUUGAUGCGAGUUCUGUUGAUAGCGGCUGUUUCCCGUCCUCCACUGCAACCACAAACGAAGUCGCUGGCGUCCUGGUUGAGAAUGGAGUGCCUGAUCGAAGCUCGGUCACACCUGCACGACGGGCGAAAAAAGCUGUCAAAAGCUAUCUAGAGUCAGAUGACGAGGAUGUCAUCCCAGCGAGAAGAAAAUUCGGCGCAGGGGGGACCGCGAAAAGGAGGAAAACCGUUGCUUCUUCGGCUGAUGAAGAUGAAUUCAAUGAUAACGAUGGGUUUUCUGAUGACGACCUAGAUGACUUCAUUGUCCCAGAUGAUUCUGAGGAUGAGGUGAAGCCAUCCAAAAAACGCAAGCGGCCCUCCAGGGCUUCUAUCAAAGUAUCGCCUUCGAGAUCGCCUCCCGUUCAAAAUGAGGGACGUGAUCUUGAGCUUCCAGAUGCAUCUACUAGCUCUGCUCUGAAAUGGACUUAUGAUCCUAAUGAUACAGAACCACCAAAGCAGCGACCUGCUCUCACUAAAACCACAGUUCAAGGGGAGAAUAAAAAAGCGAAGGCCCAUAUGAGUGAACCGGAGCACCGUUACCCGUGGCUUGCUAAUAUUACGGAUAUUGACCGAAACCCCCCUGGACACCCUGACUACGAUCCGCGGACCAUUUAUAUUCCUCCUCUAGCAUGGACUAAAUUCUCGCCGUUUGAGAAACAAUACUGGGAAAUUAAACAGAAAUUUUGGGAUACGGUCGUCUUUUUCAAGAAGGGCAAAUUUUACGAACUCUACGAAAAUGACGCUACUAUCGGUCAUCAACUCUUCGACCUCAAACUUACAGAUCGUGUGAACAUGCGCAUGGUUGGCGUCCCGGAAAUGAGCUUAGACCAUUGGGCGAAUCAGUUUGUGGCUAAAGGUUUCAAGAUCGCGAGGGUGGAUCAAAGCGAAUCUGCUCUGGGUAAGGAAAUGCGAGAGAAACAGGGUAAGACGGGUGGCAGCGUUGGGAAACAAGAAAAAAUCAUCAGGCGUGAAUUGGCAUGUGUUCUUACUUCUGGCACUCUUGUGGAUGGGGGAAUGCUUCAAGAUGACAUGUCAACGUAUUGUGUGGCCAUUAAGGAAGCACUAGUCAAUGACCUACCAGUAUUUGGAAUCGCUUUCGUCGACACUGCGACAGGCCAGUUCUAUUUGGCAGAAUUUAUCGAUGAUGUUGAUAUGACCAAAUUUGAGACCUUCGUUGCCCAAACGCGCCCACAGGAGUUACUUCUCGAGAAGUCUGCCAUGUCCACCAAAGCUUUGCGGAUUCUAAAAAAUAACACUAUCCCCACCACCCUCUGGAACUAUUUGAAACCUGGAAAAGAGUUCUGGGAAGCAGAUAUUACUGUGCGGGAGCUCGAUGCCAGUAAUUAUUUUGUCUCACCAGAUGGGGAUAACCUCUUGGCCUGGCCACAAGUCCUACGAGAGGCAAGGGACAAGGAAUUUGCCAUGUCAGCAUUUGGAGCGCUAGUACAGUACUUGAGGAUGCUUAAAAUCGAACGAGAUUUGAUCACAAUUGGAAACUUCACGUGGUACGAUCCGAUCAGAAAGGCCACCAGUCUCGUGCUUGAUGGCCAAACCCUUAUCAACCUUGAGGUGUUCGCCAACUCGUUCGAUGGGGGCCAGGAGGGCACCCUCUUCCAACUGCUCAACCGGUGCGUAACACCAUUCGGCAAAAGAAUGUUUAAGCAAUGGGUCUGUCACCCCUUAGUGGAUACUAAGAAAAUCAAUGCACGCCUCGAUGCUGUUGAUGCCUUAAACGCAGACAACGCUAUCCGUAACCAAUUUUCUUCUCAGCUAACAAAAAUGCCUGACCUUGAGAGACUUAUUUCUCGUGUUCAUGCUGGAAGCUGCAAAGCUCAGGAUUUCCUCCGUGUGCUUGAAGGAUUUGAGCAGAUCGAUUACACAAUGGGUCUGCUAAAAGAAACUGGCUCUGGAGAGGGAGUUAUUGGGCAACUCGUCUCCUCAAUGCCCGACCUGAGUGGUCAUUUGAAGUACUGGAAAACGGCGUUCGAUCGUUCCAAGGCCAAGGAUUCUGGUAUUCUGGUUCCGGAAGCUGGGGUCGAGGAAGAUUUUGAUGUUUCUCAUGACAAGAUCACGGAAAUAGAAUAUGAGUUGGACCAACUGCUUAAAAGAGUCAGGAAGCAAUUGGGCUCUACUGCUAUCGUUUACCGGGACAACGGGAAGGAGAUCUAUCAGCUUGAAGUGCCGAUUAAAAUUAAAAGCGUGCCGAAGAGCUGGGAUCAAAUGUCAGCCACGAAGCAGGCAAAACGUUUCUACUUCCCCGAGCUACGCAGUCUUAUCCGCCAGCUUCAAGAAGCACAAGAAACUCAUAGCCAAAUUGUCAAGGAGGUAGCGGGCCGAUUCUACGCCCGAUUCGACGAGAAUUAUUCAACCUGGUUAGCAGCUGUUAAAGUGGUUGCACAACUCGAUUGUCUGAUCAGUUUAGCAAAAGCUACCUCGGCUCUGGGAUACCCAAGUUGUCGCCCUGUCUUCGUGGAUGAGGAACGCAGUAUUCUUGAGUUCCAAGAACUUCGACAUCCAUGUAUGUUGCCAAACGUGGGCGACUUUAUUCCCAAUGACGUGAAACUGGGGGGCGAAGCUCCCAAUAUCAACUUGCUUACGGGCGCUAAUGCUGCGGGCAAGUCCACCAUAUUGCGCAUGACUUGCACUGCUGUAAUCAUGGCACAAAUCGGUUGUCACGUUCCCUGCCAAUCUGCGCGUCUGACGCCUGUCGAUCGAAUCAUGUCUCGUCUCGGUGCCAACGACAACAUCUUCGCAGCACAAUCCACUUUCUUCGUUGAACUCUCUGAGACCAAGAAGAUCUUGUCUGAAGCUACCCCUCGCUCUCUGGUUAUUCUAGACGAGUUGGGACGGGGGACAAGUUCGUAUGAUGGCGUUGCAGUGGCCCAAGCUGUGCUGCACCAUGUUGCAACCCACAUCGGAGCCUUGGGCUUCUUCGCAACGCAUUACCACUCCCUCGCUGCUGAAUUCGAGGGACAUCCCGAAAUUGCCCCACGACGUAUGCGUAUACAUGUUGACGAAGAAGAACGACGUGUAACGUUCUUAUACAAACUGGAAGAGGGUGUUGCGGAAGGAAGUUUCGGCAUGCACUGCGCUUCAAUGUGUGGUAUUCCGAACAAGGUGGUUGAACGGGCAGAGAUUGCUGCAAAACAGUGGGAGCAUACAAGCCGGUUGAAAGAGAGCCUUGAACGAAGAAAAGGUGGUGGCCUUGUUGGCUUGGGAUGGUGGAGCGAUGUUGCCUGGGUGCUGAAUGAUAGGGGUGCUUCGAAUGAAGUUGGGCGUGGCGGUGUUACUGAAAAGGGAAUGGAUGUUCUACUCAAGGCCAUUGAGAGUUUGUAG